UUUGGUAAAGGGGCAGUUGUAGAAGUCAGAUAGCUGCAAAUAUGAAGAAUAUGAAUAUUCAACGUACCUUUAUACGCAUACUGAUUUUAUUUUGUUCAAAUACUUGGCUAUAUGCAAAAAUUUGCAAGGAACAAGGAAUAACCAAAUGCUGUUCGAAUUACUUUUUUAACACCACGACAAAUCAAUGUCAAAUUUGUCCUAGGGGAUAUUUUGAUAGAAACUGUAGCAAGAAAUGUUUUCUGGGUUUGUUUGGAAAGGAAUGCAUUAAUCGGUGUCCAACUGAAUGCAACAAUACUUGCAAUUUCAUCACUGGGAUAUGUCCAAGAAAUAGCAGUGGAAUUGCAGAAAACGAAACAUCAACAACAGUAAAGUCAUCAUUAGUAGGAAGAAGUUCAUAUAAUUUUAUGAACAGGUCUAAUUUAUUGACAUUAAGCAGGGAAUCCAGCACAAUGCUUACAGUGUAUGAACCUCAAACAGUAAACAUGAAAACAUUCAAAUAUGGACAACAAAGUCAUAAAUCUAAUACAGGUAGCAUUAUUUUAUAUAUAGGAGUAACAGCUGUAGUGAUUUUACUUUUCAAACUGUUAGCAAAUGUUAUGAAAUACUGUAAAAGUUGGAAGACAGAUAAUUCAGAAAAAGAGAGAAAUUGUAAUCCAUAUAUAGAUCUGCCAUAAUACGAAACAAUAGAAUUAUCAAAUAUGACGCAAGAUUUUACGGUGCUAUUCAGGCAAACUAAUACUUCAUAAAAGAUUACCUAUCUAUUCUUUCGAAUGAUACAGAAACAAAGAAUUCCUUUUAAAGAAAUUACAGAGCAUUAUGAUAUGCAUUGAAAUAAGUUUGUUGAGUUUUCUUCACUCAGUACAUUUUUUUUUCGUGACUGUGUACAUCACCUUGGAAAUUUCUAGCAAUCUGAGUUUUGUACCUUAUUCAUAUAUUUGUAUAUAGAUUUGUUGAGAUUGAACUUGUGUGACCUAUCAUGUUUCCCAAACUAACAAAAUAUAUUUUGAGUACGUUUUUAUUUUUGAAAUG